GCAUGCGUGUAUCCUUCCGCAGAGCCGGUGUGCCUCCGCCGCAGCACGCGCGUCUUACUGCCAAGUCGAGUAUAUAUCUUACUUAGAAUUUCCUGUGACAAAUCUGUUUAUUAUUAAUCGAAAUUUUAGUGUUAUUUGUCGUGUCCGUUGUGUGUUUGUGUUUUAUUCGGCUAGUCAUGGCUGACAUCGACAAACUCAACAUAGACAGCAUCAUUCAGCGCCUGCUCGAGGUGAGAGGGUCCAAGCCUGGCAAGAACGUGCAGCUGCAGGAGAACGAGAUCCGGGGAUUGUGUCUGAAAUCCCGCGAGAUUUUCCUCAGCCAGCCCAUCCUCCUGGAGCUGGAAGCACCGCUGAAGAUCUGCGGUGAUAUCCACGGACAGUACUACGACCUGCUCAGGCUCUUCGAGUACGGAGGAUACCCACCGGAGAGCAACUACCUGUUCCUGGGAGACUAUGUGGACCGAGGGAAGCAGUCUCUGGAGACCAUCUGUCUCCUGCUGGCCUACAAGAUCAAAUACCCCGAGAACUUCUUCCUGUUGAGGGGAAACCACGAGUGUGCGUCCAUCAACCGCAUCUACGGCUUCUACGAUGAGUGCAGGAGACGCUACAACAUCAAGCUCUGGAAGACGUUCACAGACUGCUUCAACUGUCUGCCCAUCGCUGCCAUCGUGGAUGAGAAGAUCUUCUGCUGUCAUGGAGGUUUGUCUCCUGAUCUGCAGUCCAUGGAGCAGAUCAGAAGGAUCAUGAGACCCACAGAUGUCCCGGACCAGGGCCUCCUGUGUGACCUGCUGUGGUCCGACCCAGAUAAGGAUGUGCUGGGAUGGGGCGAGAACGACCGGGGCGUGUCCUUCACCUUCGGAGCGGAAGUAGUGGCCAAGUUCCUUCACAAACAUGACCUGGAUCUGAUCUGCAGGGCUCACCAGGUGGUGGAGGAUGGAUACGAGUUCUUCGCCAAGCGGCAGCUGGUGACUCUGUUCUCCGCACCGAACUACUGCGGGGAGUUCGAUAACGCCGGAGCCAUGAUGAGCGUGGACGAGACCCUCAUGUGCUCCUUCCAGAUUUUGAAGCCGGCAGAGAAGAAGAAGCCAAACUCCAGUCGUCCAGUGACUCCGCCCAGAAACGUGGUCACCAAACAGGCCAAGAAAUGAGGCUCGCUCCAACCAGCCGGACUUGUGUCAUACACUCGGAUCAGGAUGAACCAUCUUUAUUUCCGUUCUUUACCUUGUGUUUUCCUUGUUUUCCGUCCCGAGCAGCUUUUUAUUCCCUCUUCAGGACGACGUAUCAGUUUGACACAGCGUCUCCUCGCAUAGAAAUCCAGGAGGAACGCCACGUCAGGAUUUUUAAAUCGACACAUUUAAGAUGAUUUGUGCUCCUGAUCGCCCCACUCUGAACAAACCUGUCUGUUUUUAUGCACCUGGAGAUUUUUUUGUAUUACUGUCUCGUUAAUGUGCCACGAGGUUUGACAUGCAGUCCGCUUUUAUCAUUUUUUAUUUUCACGAUGGAUGUUGUGCGAGUGUGUUUUUCUUUGUUUUGACGCGAUGCCUUGUUUUCUUCUUCUUGGGUUCUGGCAUGUUCUCAGAUGGACGUUUCUGUUGCAUGUGUUAGUGUUCGAGGGACUGGCUCUCUCUCGGAGCGUGUCUUCAGAAUAAUGUAGCUCCUCAUCAGGUAAAUCACGUCAGGAAAACCUUUUUCUUGCAAAUUUCUACAGUAUUUCAUAUAAAUGUUCUGUUUAAGCCAAACUCUCACUGUAAAUAUACAGGAAAUGUUUUGUUCAGUCUUGGCAAUAAUUCACAGUUUUCCACACUUUAAAUAAUUGUUAUACUUGCAGAAUAAAUUGAAGGGAGAUGGAAACAUUA